GGGUCUCCGCGGCCAUGGCUCCCGCGGCUCCGAGCCCCCCGGAGGUGGUUCGCGCGGCGCAGAAGGACGACUACUACCGCGGCGGGUUGCGGAGCGCAGCGAGCAGCGCCCUGCACAGCUUGGCGGGUGCGAAGAAGUGGCUGGAGUGGAGGAGAGAGGUCGAGCUGCUGUCGGAUGUAGCCUACUUCAGCCUCACCACACUUGCAGGCUACCAGACCCUCGGGGAGGAGUACGUCGGGGUCGUCCAGGUGGACCGGUCCCGGAGCCAAGUGCCCUCAGGGCUACGCCGCGGCGUGCUGGUCGCUCUGCACACUGUCCUGCCCUACUUGCUGGACAAGGCCCUGCUGCACCUGGAGCAUGAGCUGCAGGCCGACGGCGAUGGCGCCCGGCCCUUGCAGGGCAGCCUGGCGCCUGGCGUUCGUGGCCGGUCGGCGGUGAGGCGCUGGGUGCACCAGCAGGCGGCCACCCUGACGGAGCAGCAGAGGAAGGUGCUCCUGCGGGCCGCGCUGGUGCUCAGGCAGGGCCUGGGCUGUCUGCAGCGGCUCCACGUUGCCUGGUUCUACAUCCAUGGCGUCUUCUACCACCUGGCCAAGCGGCUCACGGGAGUCACCUAUCUCCGCGUCCACCGCCCGCCCACAGAGGACUCGCGGGCUCACACAAGCUACAGGCUGCUGGGGCUCGUCUCGCUGCUGCACCUGGCCCUGUCCGUGGGCCUGCAGCUGCACGGCUUCCGACAGAGGCAGCGUGCGCGGCGGGAGUGGAAGCUGCACCGCGGCCUGUCUCACCGCAGGAGCCACGUGGAAGAGAGAGCGGUCUCCAGAAGCUCCCUGUGCACCCUGUGCCUGGAGGAGCGCAGGCACGCGACUGCCACGCCCUGCGGCCACCUCUUCUGCUGGGAGUGCAUCACCCAGUGGUGCGACACCAAGACGGAGUGUCCCCUGUGCAGGGAGAAGUUCCCUCCCCAGAAGCUCGUCUACCUGCGGCACUUCCGGUGAUUACAGGACAGAGGGACGCAGGAGUCACCUGAUGUCAAGAAGACACUUGAUUUACAAGGUUAACUUGCACAGGAAUCACAAAACUGUCAAAUUUUCUACUUUAGUCACAUAAGAUGCUACGCCAGCAGCUCAGGACAGAACCUGGACGGCUGGUCCGAGGCGUCCAGGGCCAAGUUUGGGCGGGGCUCCAUCCAGCUGUUCCUCGAGCCUGUGGAGGUGGUGGUGGGACCCAGUGGCAGGACACUGGCCAGGACCCAGUGGGGGGCCCCCACCACCCCCACUGUGGCACAGCCCGGUCACUCCUUCGGGAAAUGGCACUGCUUGGAACGAGGUUCUGAGUUUGCGUCCCUCCCCCAAACCGCAAGUAUUUCAGAAACAGGCCCGGAAACGCUUUUUCCGUUUCCAUGAUGAGACACCGAGCCAAACCAGGUGGACGGCAAGGUUCAGCCCGAACGGCGAGUGCUGAGUGAGGGCAGGGGACGGAGCUGUCCUGGUGAUGCAGUCAGCCUGCCAGCCCCUGCCACCAGGGCUGGUGGCCGAGGCCAGGCACGUCCACUCACAGGAGAAACCGAGGGCUCCGCGUGCCUCAGGUUUGUGGCCAGUUCAGAAAGCUGCCGUCGCGUCCUGGCCUUGGGUAGCUGUGCAGGGGUCGCUCCCGCUCAGGGCUCCGGGGACAGCUAGCUUGAGUGAGGAGUCUGCCUUCCUGACACCUGGCCCACAAAUGGUGCCCUGGAGGCCCGUGGCAGGACAGCUGCUACACUAGGUCAUCUCCGUCCAGCCUGCUUCCUGCCACCUUGUUAUCAUAAGGGAUCUGAAACUACUUGUACCAGAUACAGGACUUUGCCGAAGGUCCCUUAAGAAACAAGUUCCACGAAGUGCUGGGACGUUAAAGCCGUCAGAGUGCCGUGAAAAUCAGGUUUGACAAUAGUGGGUACAAAAUGUCCUCCCUGGGACGUCUGGUCCAGGGCAGAGGCCCGUACCAACUCCCCUCAGAGUGACUCAGCAGCUGUCCAGGAAUAGACACGGCUCAGCAGGCCUCGCUCGUGGAAGGUCAGCUGCCAGGGACGCCGUGCUGACCUCACCUAGACGAGGAGCCCCAGAGCGGCCUCCCUCAUGCCCGAGACCUUCAGUGACGCUCCGACCACGCGCACACGACUCCCGCCCGCCUGAGCCGGAGCAGUGCCAGGAGACGGCGCGCGCGUUGAGGGAACAGGCCUGAGCACCUCAGGGCUCCAGUGCCAGGAAAGUACCGAUCGAGAAUGUCAUUUAAAUAAAAGUUUAAAACACACGGUCUCUACGUGGCCUUCUAAGACCUAGAGCAGCUCAGUCCAGGCCUGCAAACACGGGCAUGACAGACACAGUUGGGGUCCAAGACCCCAAAACGAUGGCCAACAGUGCACUCAGGGUGACAAGGGAGCCCCCUGCAGACCCGGGAGAAAAGACCGACUUCAGUGCCCACCCCAGUGACAACCACAGUCAUGCUGACUGUCCCGUCUGCCGCACUUGGCAAACGCGGUUCACUCCCCGGGGCCUGUGGUCCUCCCGACGGGCUAGGCCGGCCUGCAGCGAGCUGCGGCGUUCAGAUAGAGACUACACGAGAAAGGGGACACUGUGUUUAAUAAAGUUGGAAUUAAAAAGUCA